AUGGCCACAACAUCCCCAGCUCCAACUGAGCGCCCUGCACUUCGCUCGAACAACCGUCGAAGAGGAUGGGUCAUCGCCAGUGAAGACGGCUCCGAAGUCGAACGACCGACCAGUUUCGACGCUCGACGUAGUGCGGCAGCAUGGAACAAAGGCAAUGGCCCUUCCAAGGCUUCGAUACCUUCGAGAGCUUCUUCUCUUGCUUCUCCAGCAGCUUCACCGACCAUUCCAAGCGCAGCACUCCAGUCGGCACCAAUCGAAACACCGUCUACCAGCAGCACAACAACAUUAGAGACUCGACCGGUACCACCACCGCGCGUUCCAUCAUCGAGCGGCGGUCACGGUCGUGAUGAGUCCACCACAAGCACAGAUGCUGAAUCGAGCACAGGAAAGAGAAGACCAUCACCACCACUGCUCGCGCCGCCGAAACAGACAUACAGGAAAGUACCCUCGACUAGGGCGCUACCCCCAUCAGCAUGGAGUGAUCAUCAGAAGUUCAUGGCUGCUGCGGGAGCAGGGCCGAGACCGACGUCAUUGCAUACAGCGUUUUUUUCGACUGGCUCAUCGAGUACUGCGUCUGCGUCACAGUCGCCCACAUCAAAAAAGCCGCCGACAUUGAGGAGCGACAUGGCAUUGCUUGCAGCGCAGAGGAGAAGUAACAGCUCUUCCGGAUCGAGUGCUGUCACAAUGUCAUCUUCUGCAGCGCAAUCAACCACCACACCAGCAACAUCAGCCGCGUCGACACCGCUCAUGGCAAUGCAGAAUAAUGGGAAAGAAAAAGCUCUUGCUCGUAGCACAUUGCAGGACGAUGAUCAGGAAUUCUUCAGCUCCAGUCGUCCAGGCUCAAGCUCGUCCGACGCAUCCAGUAACGCAGCUGUGGCUAGACCAUCAUCGCAACAGUCACAUGUCUACCGAGCCACGCCAAAAACAUCAUUCCUCUUCUCACCCAACCAACUGCCACCCCUCAGUGAAAAGUCAGCUAAUUCUGACCUAGAAGAUGCCCUCACCUCCACCUCCGAACAUGCAUCCGACAGCGAGGCAACAAUAUCGACCCAUGCGAAGCCCGGAAAGAGGCGCGAUAGUGUACGCAUCGAGCUUCCGCCCCCACCAGCGCAGUUCAAAGACAGAUAUCCCUCCAUCAUGGUAGACUCGACUCACGCGAGCGACUCUGAAGCCAAUGGUGCAAACAACUGUGGCCAGCGACGAAGACGUAGACGCAGCACCGCAUCAAACAGCAACAAGCUUGGUGCAGAAGGUGAGGAUGACGAGGAUGACUAUGCGGAUGACGACUCAAGCUGGCCAUCUACUCCUUCCACGACACCUUUGGAGGCGUAUUUCGCCGCUGCUGAUGCUGGAACCAGACCCCAUCGGAAAACGGUGCAAAGGACGAAGGAGAUCAUUGCGCCUGCAUCGAAUUCGAUCGGUAUGGAUCGUCCGAUGGUCGUAGUCACCAGCCCAAGUACGGCUUCGGAGGUCUCGUCGGAUCAACAUUCUAGCUCCGGUUCUGGAUCGACGUCGGAUCGUGUUUCGUCAUCGUCACCGCCGGCUGCACCUGUUCUGUCUAAGAUCGAAGAGCAUCCCGUUGCAAAGGCUGCAGCAUCGAAAGCAAAAGCGAGCUCGAGCGCCACCCCUAGAAGGUCGUUGUCAUUCGAGCUACCUGCUGUUCCGCGCACUCGUGCUUCGGAAGAGAAUCUACCCAUCGCCACUCCUGUUCGCUCACCUUCUCGCACAAUGGCCUUCCUCGCAAAGAUCAACCCGACAAGAACGUCGAAUAAUCGCAGCAGUGCCGACUUGGCCUCCAGCGGCCGUCCUGAGGAGUCAGUGGCGGCAGUGGAGCAGGCCAAGAGAAUGUCUUUGGACGGUCAAAAACGUACGUCUUCUGAACAAAGACGCUCGGUGGAGCUACGACCUAUCUUGCUGAAUGCUGCUUCUCGACCACCUUCACGUCCUGUCGGUGCCGCUGCUGAGAGCGACACAACAGGCCAGGCACCAGCAAAGCCAAUUGCUACCUCGCAGGAGAAGCAACAAAGACGUCGAUCUUCGGGGCGCGUGCCCAUCCGACAAAACGUGGUCCCAUACCACUCUCGACGUAGCUCAGAAAUCUCUGUUGGCUCUUCGAAUGUGUCGCCCCUCGUACAAGACCGGGGUUCGUUCGAUGAAGAGGCGUCCGACUCGCGAUACAGCCCAUCAUCGCAGGAGACAGCGCUCACUAUGCCCUCACCAGCAAUGAGCUCCGAUGCAAAGCCCUUCUCUGCUCAACCUGCUCGAACGCCAGAUCGUCGUUCCUCCACUGCAGGCGCAAAAAAAGACCGCUUUGCCGCUUCCAUGCCUUCACUGCACCAACAGCAGUCCUCUCAAGAGCGCAUGGUCAGCCGCCGAACACCUUCGCACAAGCAAGCAGCUGAGAACCGACCGUCUGCCAUCGGACUACUAGUUGACUCGCAGAAGGGCAGAAUGACAAGGGACAACGAAUCCAUCGCUGAGUGGAUCUCUGUCUCGGUCAAUGACCUGCCUCUGCCAGCUGAAACGCAAACGUACGGAAAUGGCGGCGCAGGCGAGUUCUCGAACAAGAAGGGAGAGGCUAAGAAGGCACGGAAGAACAAGCCUUGGAAAUUUGGAAGAUUCGCAGCAUCCGAAGUGGUGCUUCCGGCAAAAAACACAUCGGCGUCGCCAAUAUCGCCUUCUUCUGGAGCACCAGUACUGCCGAAGCGUAGACCGAUCUCGUUCGUCAAGCGAGCUUCGACUGCACAGGUCAACAAUGCAUCGCGAGCAAGUGCAGACUCGGCCCCUGCACCACAGUCGGGUCCGUUCAUGCGCAAUCUGGGCUUUACGACCGCCAACCGCAAUGUGGUCCUGCAGAGUCUGUGUGCAGAGCGAUCGAUCUCGGCUCUUGCCGCCAGCACCAUCUACAUUGCCGGUUGUGGUCGUAUCAAUGUUCCCCAACCAGGACCCAAGCCAGACGGCAAGAUCAAAUCCAAAGCAAAGUCGAAGGCACAGGAUGCUGCAUGGAAAAGACAGAGUCAACGGUCGAGCAAGGCAGCAUCGAUGCCAGCUCCUGUCGAGGAGGUCGCAACCGAUUUGGUCAGCCCGUGUUACAGCGCAGAAGCUUCGCACGAUGCUUACCUGAAUGUCGCGGAAGAGCGUCACACUGGCUACAGCCUGAGCGGCACAGGGAUUGGUACGGUCAAGUCGAUGGUGCCAGAGAUGGGAGACUGGUCAGGCUCGUCACACCACGAUAGCGGGCCAAAUGAGGAGGUUCAAGAAGUCAGACCGUUCAGAGACUACGACGAUGAAGGAUCAGAUCUCUUUGAUUCGGACCGGUCGGAAUCCCAGCCCGAGUCGGAAGAUGAGAUGGACUUUGAUGAGGAUGAGGAUGAAGAUGCUGAAGUACCAGUGCGCUUCGGGCAGCGAAUCAACCUUGCUAACAGCGGGGAGACGGCGUCGCCACAGGUGCGCCGCCACUCUACCUCAAUGCAAGAAAAGAACGUUGACAAGAUGGCAGUCUCGAAGAGCCUGGAGAGCAUCAGUCCUGGAGUGGUCAUGCUCCGCGGAGCCGAGCUGCGCGUUUGUGUGGAGGAAGAUGCAGGUCAAGAUGGAGAGGAUCUGGCAUACUGGAAGGUGCAGCAGACUUCCGGGCAAUCGGACAAUGCCGACCAAGCAUCACAAUCUUUCGAAGGGCAGGUACGUCGCCAGCCUUCGAGCAAAGCGAUGAAGCUCGAACAGGAGGUCGCAACAGGUAUCUUUGCUGCCUUUGUCGGGAAUCGCAGUCCCAGAAGACAAGCAGUACAAAGGACAAGCUUUGACGCUGGCAGCAGCAAGGACCAGGGAUCACCUCAAAAGCGUAGUCCAGUAUCUGCCAAGGAUGGCAUCAAAGGAUUGCUCGUUUCCAAGCUGAACGAGGGCGUCUUUUCUGUUCGAAGCGAAGUGCACUCGACCAUUGCUGGUGAAGAGCAGGUGGUAGAGAUUGUUCGUCACUCUGGAGGCCGUCGCAGCUCUUUGCAAGCUUCGUCGAGGGAAGCGUCUGACUCGACUGAUGGCGCCGUAUCACGCCGAACAGAGGCACCGCUCAACAGGCUCGAACGCGCCUUCCCUUCGCCGCUGCUAACCAACGCCGACUUUAGCCACAACCGAUCUCAAUCCAAUCAAACGGAUGGCUCUAGAGCAUCUCUUGACGAGUCGGAGCGCGUCACAAUGCGAAUCCAGCGUCAUGGUGGGCGAGGUUUCGUUGCCAGCUUCCAAUCUCGAGACGGACAUCAAUGGGUUUGGCAAGGCAGCAAGCUGGAAGCUUCGGUGUUUGCUCCUUCAAAGAAGCGAACAAGCAGUCAAGGACUCGACACGCUUGAAGGAUACGAUCUGAGUCUCCGUGCUGUCGUGAGCAGCGAAAUGAUCGAAUUGGCCACCUUCUCGACCGAGUCGCAGCUUCGCAACGCACUCGGACUGUUCAAACCUCGAGGCAAAUGGACCCCCAAGCCGCUGCCUGAAGAUGGUGCAAGCGUGGGUCCAGCAGUUCCGCCACCAGCUCAGGUUCUUCCUUUGGCAGUGGCGAUGCGCGGAUUGGCAAGAGCGGAGCCACAAGUGCCUCGUCGAGGUAUUCGUGGUGGGCCCUUGUUACGACCACAGCCACCAGCGGCUGGCUGUGCAGCUCGUCACCACGGAAUGUGGCAGAACCAGCGAGCAGCCAUCUCGACGGAGGCAGUGGUGCAAGUACACAACAAUGCCGUCAACAAUACCAAGGCAUCACUUCAACUCAAUGAUCGUCCGGGAUCAUCGUUCCGCACGGGCGCGUUGGGAUCUCAUCGAAGGUCGGUGGAAGUGGCAAGACCGUCAGAUGAGACGGUCGCCAACAAGAAGAUGGGCGAACUCAGCUUUUCAGCGAUCGAGCAUCUGGAUCGGGAUCUUGUAGUCCUUUCGUUGCUAACAGUGAUGGGCGUAGCCAGAGUCUGA